AGAAGGCAAAAGGAAAAAAAAAAAACAAACAAACAAAAAGAAAAAGAUGGCUGUUGAGUUUCGUUAAUGUCGAAGAAGAAGCAUCCCAGACGCAGCCAAAUUCUGAUAAUGUAAAGUGACACAGCCACUGUUCCGUAGUGCUUGCUGGGCUUUUGAUAAUGUCGCAGAAGAGACACCAAGAAGAUGGUAAGGGUCGAUCAGAAGGGACUGGCAGUCCUGAGGACAAACGCAGAAGGCUUCCUACUUUUCACAAUGCGGUUCUGGAAAUGAUGAAGUUGAACACAGUCCAGCAUUUACUGGAGCCAAUUCUAGAGCCUUUGAUUCGUAAAGUUGUUAAAGAGGAAGUUGAGUUGGCCCUAAGAAAGCAUUUGACCAAUAUAAAACAGAAUUGUGGGAAAGAAACACAUCCUUCUGAAUCAAGAAUCUUAAAGCUGCAGUUCUUAAAUAAUCUUUCUCUUCCGGUAUUUACUGGAGCUCGAAUUGAAGGAGAAGAAUGCUCCACUGUACAAGUAGCUUUGGUUGAUUGCUUUACUGGGCAUGUUGUUAAAUCUGGGCCUGAAUCGUCAGCCAAGGUGGAAAUAGUUGUUCUUGAGGGUGAUUUUGAUGGUGACGAGGGUGACAAUUGGACACUUGAAGAGUUCAAGAAUAACAUUGUAAGAGAGAGAGAAGGAAAGAAACCUCUUCUUACAGGAGAUGCAGUCCUGAAUUUUAAAGAUGGGGUUGGUCUUGUGGGUGAGAUUUCUUUUACAGAUAAUUCAAGCUGGACAAGGAGCCGUAGGUUCAGGCUAGGAGCAAGAGUUUUAGAUAAAUUUGAUGGAACUAGAAUAAAAGAAGCAAAGACAGAAUCAUUUAUUGUCAGGGAUCACCGUGGAGAAUUGUACAAGAAACACCACCCACCAUCUCUGCUUGAUGAGGUGUGGAGACUAGAAAAGAUUGGCAAGGACGGAGCUUUCCAUAAGCGUUUGAGUCGGGAAAACAUCAACACUGUGAAGGAUUUUCUCACCCUACUCUUCAUAGACUCUUCAAGGCUUCGGAAUAUCCUUGGCACAGGUAUGUCUGCUAAGAUGUGGGAAGUCACAGUCGAGCAUGCGCAGACGUGUAUACUUGAUAAGAGGAUGUACUUGUACUGCCCUCCCAGUUCACUGCAGAGAACCGGUGUGGUCUUCAACAUUGUGGGGCAAGUGAUGGGACUACUUUUGGAAUGUGAAUACAUUCCUAUUAGUAAGCUGUCUGAAGCACAAAAGGCUGAUGGCCAGAAGUUGGUAAUUUCUGCCUUCGAACACUGGGAAGAAGUAAUCCCGUUUGAUGACGAAGCCUCUCUUAGAGGUGCUUCUUCAAACUUUACCAGUGCUCUUCACACAUCGACCUCACCAACGGCAGAUGAUCCUGAUGGAAGCAAGUUUUUGGCUUCUCAAAAGGUUGGUGGAUUUGAUUAUCCACACCCAUCUGUCUCUUCUCCAGAUAUCAUCUCAUCCAUCUAUUCUGUGGGGAGCACCAGUGGCUUGGAUGAUUAUGCCUUGCACAACAUUGAUGGCCUGGGUCUUAGAUACGACCAGACUUUGAGUUUCCCAGCUCAAGUCACCAACUCCCUGAUCUGUGACACGGAUCCCAUGGCUCAUGCUUUAUUUGAUGAGGAUAAUCUACAGUUUUUUGAUGCUGAUCUUCAUUCCCAGAACAUAAUUUCAGAAUCACAAGCUGAUCUACAAAGCGCUGUAGAUGGCUUCUUGUUGACACGUUCCACAGCUGUUGCCAUAUCUGAUAAAGCUCAGAGGAGAUGGACAAAGCUAUUCAGUGUGCUGAAGUGGUUCUCAAUUAGGAGGAGUGUGGCUCUGAAACGAAGCCAAGUUCGAGAAAUUCAAAGAUAUUAGUUAUCUGGUGUGUAAAUUGUUUGCUUACAAUUGCAAAUAAUGUUUAGUGCUGCCCGUAUAAUAUUUACGAGUGCAGGUGUAGAGUGAGAUCUAUCGGAGGUUUUGUUAGAUGUAAAUACAUCUGGUAGUUUACUAGUCUUAGUUCUUCUGGGCGCCAGCCAGAGACAAAUAAACUCUCAAAGCAAAUUGUAAUUCGUAAAUAUGUAGAAAUGCUAGGAUGCCACUAUUCAGUGGCUUUGCUGCGAAAAAAAUAAUUUUAGCGAUA